CUGUGAUUACUGAUCAUCAUCGAGAAGUUCAGUAAAAAGAAUAUCAGUACUUUGGUCUUCCUCGGUCCACCUCAUCAUCAUCAUCGAGAAGCUCAGAACUCCCAUUCGAAUCUAGAUUUUGUCACUUUGUUGAAUACCUGACUCUGAUUCUGUUCGCAAUGCAUGUAGCACGGACAAGUCUGCUGUAGAUCAGCCUUCACUUGGAAACAAAAACCUUCCUGAUUCCAGCUAAUAUCCGUAGCGUAGUAUGAAAAAACGGUACUGCUCGUGAGACCUCGUAAAUGGGUACGUGACCAAUCAAAUCAAUCAAUCUGUAUGGCUUUUGAUGUCUCUACUUUAUUGAGUCUUUUGAUUUGUGUUCAUCGGAGUGAUUUGACAGAGGAUUUACUGGUCUUUGCGGAACAUGAAAACAAUCAAAACAAGCAAUUCUUAGGGACUACACUUUGACUUAUCCAUCGAUUGAGAGAGCAUCACAAACGAAGACCAUCUAAGAUGAUUCGCGUAUCGACCACCUCUGUAUAGAUCAUUUGCAUCGUGGUUGUGAUCAGUAUUUUCCAGAAGGACAUUCCGUCUCAUGUCGUUGUCGUCGGUCGCCUAGAAAUUAUAGGAUCGGGUGCAGAAUAGUACACAAACAUUGACCCCCCCUCGCCCAACAUUGUCCUCGUAGUCCCUUUUUUUGCCACUAUAGAAACUGUCUAUCCUCAUUUUCUUGCAUUGGUAUCCAAACCUCAAUGCUGAAGUAAUUCUAGGUUAAAUUCCUUUCACGACAAUCAAUCUUUAUCUUUGUUAUAGCUAAUACAUAGUCCUUGUUCAGUGGCUCGUCUCGCUUUCUAGCUAAUCUCUCACGUACCGAAACCUCCGCAUGCUAUACUCAUCGUCACGAUACCAACUACCAAGUUCAUCUAGUACCGCUUCCCAGAGUAAAAAAAGUAGAUAGUAGAACUACAACAGUAGAACCGACGUUGAGGUAUCUUUUUUCGAGGAUCCGGAAAAAUGGCCGAGGAGGAACCCGUGGAAACUGGUCCGGCUUACGCCGUUCCCCUAGUCGAGGACGUUGUAUUUCCUUUACGUGAGGAAAUCCUGACUGCCGCCUAUGAGGGUACUACUACCGCAGAAGCAAAGUUCAGAGCGGGUCUGGAAAAAGACGCAGCAAAAGUUAUGGCUAGGUCUCAAGUACGCAAGGAAGUUGGCAGUUCUUUUCCCUCGUCUUGAUUUUCGUAUUUUGGUGACGAGAUCAUCUUCACGUUAUUGAAUACAUAGAUGUGCAUAUCGCAGAUCAUGGCUAGGAUUCCUGAUUUCGAACAAGUAGUUACACAAAAUAGAUACCAUACAUGACUUAGGAAAUCAAAGGUACAAGAUUUAUUCUGUUUACUUGACGCACCACCUCCUCUAAAAAGUCUGCUGAGGAAGAAGGCGGCGACGGGCUAGCCGUACCAGAGAAAAAUCUUACUUUUGGUGAGAUCUCUUUCAAGAACCUGUUCGAUCUGCUUAACCUUUGCAAGAGCAAAACCGAAAUCUAUCCAGCAGAAACAGUGGUCGUCGACUGUGGCAGUGGCCUAGGAAAGCAGGUCAUUGGAGCGGCUCUCCUCGACAGUUGGCUCAAGGUUUGCGGCGUCGAGCUCCUCGAAUCCUACGACACUAUGGCACAAGCUGCCCUCGAAAAAUUCAAAGCCGGUGUCGAAACGAUGGAUGAGUGUACUACUCUUUUUUACAACUUCAUUCGAAGUUUCGUAUUACUUUGCUUGUUGAAGAAAAUCAGAAGCAGAACUUUCGUAUUAAGUUCAUCCUCCUUUAUUUUGUAAAAUUUUUUCUAGUGGUCUGACUGUCAGUGACCAGAUCAUAAUAAAUCAUAUUCUGACCCUUCCACCUCCACGCGACGAUAAAGUGGUCAAACAAACACGACACUACACAGCUGUCCCGAGAUGCGCAGACGUGGCACUUCAGAAGGGAAAUUUUGUCGAUGAGGUCGCUGGCCUGUGCGGGGAGAACGCUGCUAUAGUUUGUGCUUUGUCACCGGUCUUUCAAGCAGAUCAACUGACCUUAAGCCACCAUAAUUAUUGGUAGUUUCAAUCUAACGAUCUAUCCCACAUCCCUGAAAAGUGAACCAAAGGAAAUGAUUAAGAUGAUCUUUACACUACGGGGUGUUUCGUAAUGAAUUAAUCCUGAGAAAAUCUGAAUCGUCUGUAUUCACGCUAAUUUACGCGCUGUGCACUGCCCUUCAGGGACUGAAGAUGGGAAGCUUACUGAUCACCAUGACGCGCGCAGCACCCGAUGUCGAGUACUGGAAUCCGAUCUGCGUGCAGAAAAUGGAAUGUCCUUGGGGCACCGCAACUGUCUUCAUCCACUCGAAAUUCAAAAUGCCUCCGGUAGAGGAGUGAAGAUAUUGGGAUGGAAAAUACUUGAUUAGGAAUAGGUUUAAAUCAAUCUGACAUGAUAGAAAUGACACAGACGAGAUAUUAGUACCACUUACUAAUAGAUAUGAUAUCUUCACUCGACGCCACAUCCAGAUUCAAUCACGUCCAUAAUGAAAUUGUUUGAAGCAACAGGACAAAGACGGUGUAAAAUUUGACAUGAUCGUUGAAAUAUUACAUCAAUAGAAUUAGCCGUGUGCCUGAAGCAGACCCGAAAGAAGUGUAUGCUCGCCGUGCAUGAUAUUUAGCACCUGGCCAUAGAUACGACUACAACCUGGACUACAUGCUACAUGCAAACUACGCUACAAUUUUUUCACCUUCUUCCGCAUCGCAAGAACCAAAUAGUAUCAAAUUCAUCAACUACAUGGUUGAGUUUUUAUUCCAACAUGUACCAUGACGGCAGAAAGAACCGAUCACGAUUCCGAUUCAAAUUAUCAACGUAAAAGAGGAUUAUGAGAUUCCGCUUUUCUGACUACAACUACAACAAAAAUAAAGAUUUUGACGCAGCAAAGACAAAAAAACGCGCCCCUUUGCUUUGGGUAGAGAUCCCUCACAUGUUUCAU